AUGUAUGCUAACGAUACCUGUGGCGGCAAUGAGGAUGUCUUUGCCGUGACGCAGAGCAAUGUCUCUACCUGCAUGGCGGUCACGUCCGACAAGACCUCGCUCCAGGUGACUCAGAACAGUGGCUGUGUGGUGGAAACGUGGAGCGGGUCCAAUUGCGAAGGAAGUUCCUACAACGUGACGGAUCUUCAGUGCCAUGCUGUUCUGUAUGCGGCUGUCUCAGUGGAUUGCUAA